GCAGGUGGCAUCGACAAGCAAUUCCAGCCUCGACGCGGCGCGCCAAGCGCGCGCAGCCAAUCGCGUCGGGGAGCGCUGUUUGGUCUCGGAGGCCCAUUGUUUGUCCGAUCCGGCUCGCAUGAAUGGCCAACCAUGGGACCGCGCCCGCCGCCUUCGCGAACCUCGGCAGACCUUGGCGCCGUCAUGGGCCUCAUCGCGACUUCAGCCGAGCGCGUCUCGCGCGCGGCGAUAUAAAAGGCUCGCCUGCGAUCGCCGUCCACCCCGUCACCUCACGUUCAGUGACUUGCGCUCUGCAAACUCGCGCUAAACAACCCCCGCGCUCGCGCCCCCUAUCGCCACCGCUUUUCGUCGCCUGCCGCCUGGCUAGUUACCGCCCAGCGCCAUGGCCGAAGUCGUCAGCAUCCCGCUUGCGCUCCCCCUCCUCCUGGCCAUGUUCUUCACAUGGUCAUUUGGGAUCAUCACGUUUGGCAUGUGCAUCAACUCCUACCGCGGGCUCAAUGGCACUCUGAAGAAGGAUGGCGCCGACGUCGGCGACGUCUUCUCUACUGACGGCGUCAUCACCGCGGUCAGCGGCUUGACGUUCUGCCUCACCUGGCUCGUCCUCUUCAUGAUGUACGCCUCCCCGAUGCGCGUCGUGCGCUCCUUCAAGGUGCUCGCCGGCAUCUACUGGUUCCUCACCCUCUUCCUCUUCGCCACCCUCAUCCCGUACACGCAAUACAUCCGCAAGGACCGCCCCCAGUGGUACGACGGGCGGAACGAGGAGUGGCCGAAGGCGUACAAGGACUAUGACUAUCUGGUUUGGAUAUCUAUCUUCGGCUGGAUAGGCUGGUUCUUCACUUUCAUCACGGCGUGCCUGCUGCCCGCGGCCGCGUCCGCGUCACAAGGGUACUACACCCGCCGCGCGUACGAGGAGAAGGCGAAGGCGCAGCCCACCCAGGCAUAAAGCGCUUAGCCUGCCCUGCGUUCAAUGCGUCAAGACCGCCCGUCCAAUCAAUGCACCCAGACGUUCGGACUGCUGCAUCGCAUCUUCGGACUCUCACGCUGCAUAUCUCAUGUUCUGGGAUGCGUCAAUUCCAUCUAGUCCCCUGUCUUGCCCUCCCACCCCUUUCAUGGUUGGAGGUCUUUUCCGCCAUUCACCUUGUGUUGCGCUCGCGUCUCGAGUGUCACUUACGUUCUACUUCAGAUUCAUCUCACUUCCCCUUCUCGCAUCUCCUGAUGACUUUCACGCUACCUUACGAUUACUGUACAACUAGAAGAUCGGAAGUUGAAGACGUGCGUUAUGACGCACCUAAUGUAGAGCCUUUUUCAAUGAAGCUUGGGCCCUUCUGUAGUGCCUACAGUCUACCGUGGCGUCAACUUUG